AGUUCUGUAGCCGAGGAUCACGAUGAGGCAGUCCAUAGCGUACAUAGUCGCCCUGCUGAUUGCCCUGGAGUGCCUAACCCCUGGCGACACGGCACCCAUCGGUGAGCAUCCGGAUCAUGCCGGUUGCAUACGGAUAACGAUCAUCAAGCGACCUUUGACCACCACAACGACGACAACCACAACUACUACGACCACCACAACAAGAGCCACAACUACAGUGGCCACUGGUUAAUAACUUCUUAUGCCAGGUUCCAAUCAAGCAGUUAAAGUGUACUUAACCAACGGUUAAAUGCAGGUUAAGAAGAAUAUCUCUACGAUUAGCUUUCCUUUUUUUGCAAAAAGUUAAAAAAAUAUAAUAUUUCAAUAAUAUGCAGAUGAUACAUUCUUAACCUAGGGUUAAGUACAGUGAUUACUGGAUAAAAAUAAUAGAUUCCUAUAA